GAAUUCUGUAGUAAUUACCAGAAACUUCCGGAAGCCUCUGGAGCGCCUCCUGCUAGAAUAUAAAGCUGGGACAGCCCCACUGACUGACAGAAAGAUACACAAGAAACACAGGAGUGAAGAGACGCCUGAAUAACAAGAAGACUCAAGACUAAACAGAAGAAAGAUGCUGUGCUCUCAUGGAUUCCCAUCUGCCCUCAGUCCAUUCAUGGACUUCUCCUGGCCUGUACGCAGUCUGUGGCCAGAGGUCAGACCUCUGUUCUACCAGCAGCAUGUCAUGCAGAGAGACCUACAGGAGCUGCACAGCAGUCUGCAGCUGAUGGACAAACUUCAACGCCAGAUCCUGGAGGACACAGAGCCUUUCAGGAGCAGCGUGGCUCUGCAGCCAGUCUCCUACCAGCUGGACAAAGAGGGAGAGCACUUUUGCCUAACCCUGGACACUCAGGGCUUUUCUCCAGAAGAUCUGUCAGUCCGGCAGGUGGGCAGGAAACUGAGAGUCAGCGGAAAGACAGAGAAGAAACAAGAGGAUGGGAAAGGCUCCUACUCUUACAGCCUACAGGAGUUCAGACAGGAGUUUGGUCUGCCUGAAGGGGUGAACCAUGAAGACGUCAGCUGCCAUCUUUCUCCAGAUGGAAAGCUCCACAUCCAGGCAGCCAAAGUUCCUUGUAUCGAGGCGACAGAGAGAGAGCUGACUAUCAAGAGGAGCUCAGAGGAGGAACCACAGCAGAGUGUGUGUUCACAGGCAGAAGACAGCAGAGCAGAAACACAGAACGGAUCAUAGAACAAACCUGAAAACAUGAACUCACAAACAUGUUGAUGUGCCAAUGGGAUGAUUUUAGAUUUCUUUGGUGAUGGUCGUGUUCAGUUUUUAGGUUUGUACAAAGAAACAUUUGUAAAAUUAAAAAUUAGUUAACAGUUAGUGGUUCUCCUGUUGUUUUCAAUAUUUAGCCUUUAUAAGAAUACAUAAGAACACAACAUUAGAAAAUAACAUGAAACAUGUUGAAAAUAAUUGUAUCAAUAAAUGGAAGCAUCUUUUCGCUGUUGUUUGGCAUACACUUGAAAAUAAAAUUUGAAAUUUGUCGACAAA